CAAGUGAGAAAUGUUUUUGAUUUUCGUCGCUUGACACUUCACUGUACUUUCUAAACAAAAGAGUUACGUUUAAUUUCGCAGAAGAACGACCAUGGAUUUUGCAGUUGUUGCUGGAAGAUUAGACUCGGUUAUUCUCAAAUUAAAACCUCGUCACGAUUUGUUUCAUUUGAUGAACUAUAUAGUGGAACUAGUGCUAUAUGAUGACUUUCUCACCGUAAGAAAUUACUAUAGACCAAGUCUUAUAGCGGCAGCUGCUCUUUAUACGGGGACAACUGUAUUUAACUUCCGUAUCGAAUGGUUUCAGGACUUGUCAGAUCUGACAGAAUAUACUGGACAAGAGGAUGACUUGCAAAUUGUUCAUGAACGCAUGAAAUUUUUAUUAUCAUCAGCUCCCUUUGAACAAAGGGAACAUUCAACACAGACAAGAUACAGCACUCAACAGAACCACAAAGUGAGCACUAUUGAUUAUGCAAGCAUUUAUUAAAAGUCUAAAACCUU